GAACCCACAAUGGACUCUGCAAUCAAAGAGCUGGAUACUGAGGGGCUUAUUCAGUUUUUAAAGAAAAAAAACUUAGAGUUAAAGGAUUCAAGCUAUGAAAUUUUAAAAAAACAAGAAAUUCCUGGAUCUGUCUUCUCUGAUUUUACAGAAGAUGAAUUUCGUAGCAUGGGUCUACCAUUUGGGCCUGCGAAGAUUUUGGCAGAUUUUACCAAAAAAAUAAGAACACAAAAAUUGAAAACGUAUUCAUCGUAUAAAACAGGAAAAGACUUUAAAGAUGUUUUAAAAGAAUUCGGAAUCGUUGGGACUAGCAUAGGAGACAUACCACAGUUUACGCCUGCUGGGGUAGAAUACCUAUUUCCAUCAUUUUUUAAACGACGAAUACUUAAAACAGAACCAAUUUCUUCUCGAAUCCAUAGAG